UAGUGCCGGGCAGAAGUUGUUAUGGCGGAGUACGAGCAGGUACAGAGGAGCGCCCUGAAACUUAAAGGGGACAAGGACAAGAGCAAGGUCCUGGAGCAGAUCAUGAUGAGCAAGCGGAGGGGGCUGGACAAGCGGACCCCAGCGCAGAUCGCCUACGAGAAGAUGCAGGAGAAGAGGCAAAUGGAAAGAAUCUUAAAGAAAGCAUCCAAAACUCAUAAGCAGAGGGUGGAGGAUUUCAACAGACACUUAGAUACUCUCACUGAACAUUAUGACAUCCCCAAAGUCAGCUGGACAAAAUAGAUUCCUGUCACAUUGAGUGGUGUGGCCCUGAAGAAGAGGAAUCAGUUGUGUUCUGGAUAAAUUGUGGCAUGUUGUAUAAUGCUUCCACCCUUCUCUAUCCUCCCCCUUCCCCUCCCCCUUUUCUGGAUGUUUCUCAAUAAGACUAUUUUUAAAGGUUCUGUAAUCAAGUUAGUAACUUGUCACACUUUAUUAAAGUGAGACUUGUGGUAAUUUAAAUUUCUUUGUGACACAAAAUUUCUAAUCUUUAGAUUUAAAAAUAUCAGUUAUUUAUACAA